CUAACGACAAAAACUAAGACAUUAUAUAAUGAAGAUUGAAGAAGAGGUCAGGCCGAGACUCAUUUGACUUGGGGGCCCAAAAAGGAGGAGAAGAAAUGAGUGGCACUCCCAAAGACAGCACUAAUGAAGAGGUCCACGAUGCACUCUUGGAGUACUCGGGGGCUGAACACAUAAGCUCAGAGCUAGAAGACGCACUGUCAGAUACAGGGUUGUCGAAACACCGGCGACUACAAAAGGCCACCGCCGUUGAGCUCAAAAAUCUUUUCCGGCUGGCAGCUCCGGCCAUCAUUGUUUACUUGCUCAACAAUGUUACUUCCAUGUCUACCCAGAUUUUCUGUGGGCAUCUUGGUAAUCUCCAACUUGCUGCUGCUUCCCUUGGCAAUAAUGGCAUCCAACUCUUGGCUUAUGGAGUCAUGCUUGGAAUGGGAAGUGCAGUAGAGACACUAUGUGGACAAGCCUAUGGAGCGCACAAGUACGAAAUGCUUGGAAUUUAUCUCCAAAGGUCGACCAUUCUUCUCUUGCUGGCGGGACUACCCCUCUUAGUGGCAUAUCUAUUCUCCAAACAAAUUUUGCUCUUAUUAGGAGAGUCCAAAUCCGUGGCUUCGGCAUCCGCCCUCUUCGUCUACGGUCUGAUCCCGCAAAUUUUUGCUUAUGCUGCAAAUUUUCCGAUACAGAAAUUCUUGCAGUCCCAAAGCAUCGUAAAUCCUAGUGCAUAUAUAUCAGGAGUAACACUAAUUUUGCACAUCUUCCUUACGUGGGUGGCAUUGUAUGUGUUGGGGUGGGGAUUGUUGGGCGCGGCUCUCGUGCUGAGCUUUUCGUGGUGGAUCAUAGUUGUAGCGCAGUUUGUGUACAUAUUGUUGAGCAAGCGUUGCGAGAAGACGUGGGGAGGGUUCAGCCUUGGUGCAUUUUCUGGGCUGUGGGAUUUCUUCAAGCUCUCUAUUGCAUCAGCUGUGAUGUUGUGUUUGGAGACGUGGUACUUCCAGAUUCUGGUCUUGAUUGCUGGUUUGCUUCCUAAUCCUGAGGUUGCCUUGGAUUCUCUCGCCGUUUGUUCAACAAUUCUUGGAUGGGUGUUCAUGAUAUCUGUAGGUUUCAAUGCUGCAGCAAGCGUGAGAGUGAGCAAUGAGCUGGGGGCAGGGCAUCCCAAGUCGGCUUCAUUUUCGGUCAUAGUGGUGACGCUGAGUUCUUUCCUAAUUGCGGCGGCGAUUGGGAUUAUGGUCAUCAUCUUCCGCCACAAGCUUAGCUACGUCUUCACCGGCGGUGAAACCAUUGCCAAUGCAGUGUCAGAUUUGGCCCCUCUUUUGUCCGUCUCCAUUCUCCUCAAUGGCAUUCAACCGGUUCUUUCUGGGGUGGCUGUAGGGUGUGGAUGGCAAGCAUUUGUGGCCUACGUUAACGUAGGAUGCUACUAUGUUGUCGGUAUUCCCGUAGGUUCUGUCCUUGGUUUCAAAUUCCAACUUGGAGCUAAGGGAAUUUGGCUGGGGAUGCUUGGAGGAACAGCCAUGCAGACCCUUAUACUGUUGUGGGUCACUUUCCGCACUAACUGGGAUAAAGAGGUUGAAGUAGCGAGAAACCGGUUAAAAAAGUGGCAGGAUAAGGGGGAUUUGCUGAAUGAUUGACACGGAAUUUACAAGUUGUAGGUGCCGUGAUAUUUAUGUCGAUUUUAUAUACACAUGAAACAUAAUUGGGCUGUGCCUAGAUCGUUGUAUUGGCUUAAAGAAAAUAAAUAAAAAAAAAGGAUGCAGUACGUGUUCAUAACUACUCCGUAUGUAUAACAUGGCAACAUGUAGCGCUAGUCUCACUUUAAUAAAUCUGAAUUUUCACUAAAUGAGCAUGGCAUGAUUUCUUCACC